UACAAGAACUUUAGCGUACAAUAUGAGAUAACGAUAACUACCCGUAAGUUGACAGCACCGCUUUUUGACAUCGAUUAUGUCAGAAACACGACUUUGUCAUUAUCCUUGACAGUUACACGCAUGUACGUCAAAUACAUCCUGCGAUCUGACAUUAUUCCUCGACAAAACUCUGGACAAAAUUAUGAUGAAGUUAUCCAAGUGUUUGAAAACGGGUGUUAAAUUGUUAAUGUGUUCGUCUGAUCAUGAUGCUGCUUAUUGCUGCAAUCGAUCCUCAUCGAGGUUAGGCGUUUUGUAUUAAUUCAACUGUGCUUCGAAUACAGAUACUUCUAUAAACGCUUCCCCGAAGAAAAUUAAAUGCGGUAGAAUAAGUAAAGGUCGCGCAACGAAAUGGCUUUCUAAACUACUACGGGUAGGUAACGACUUUUUCACUGUUUUGUUGCAAAUCGGCUGGAAAUACAUGGAUCUGAAAACAGAGCGGCUUUCAACGGGAAUUUUGCGCUUGCAUGUUAACGUUACUUUCUGGUUGAGUGCUAUGCACUUUUGUGGUUAUUUCACGUCACCACCAAGAAAGUAUGGACCAAUAUUCCAGGCUGCUCUUAUUAUAUCCAUUGGAUUGCAAUUUUCGUUUAACAUCAUCAAUUUUGAUGUAUUAGUGGCGGGAAUUCCAAUUACUAAAAUAUACAAAUUUAUUCUGACUGCGAUCCCUUUUUAUCUCGUUCCCUUUAUAAGGGCUUUGGGUCCCGUUAUCCUAAUGUACAAUAAAUGCGAUCUGGGCAGUUUGAUGAAAAAAUUCGUGGCGGAUUUUGCAGUGUACUUUGCUCCAUGCCAUGUUGCACUGAUUAUCCUCACUGGCUGCAUGUUAGGUAUUCCCCUGGCCUGCUUCACCGCAGUGAAUUUUAGAGCAAUUCCUGCUAUGGCUCAAAACGAAAGUUCGGAAUUAUUUCUGUUUUACCACGGCUUGGGCUCAGUGUUCAUAGUGUUGUGGCCACUUAAUUUCGGUUUCGCAUGUCGAUCUCUCAUUAUUCUCGCGAAAAAGCACCACCCAUCGAAAUGUCUUGUACAGCUUCUUCAGGAUCACGCAGGUCUGCUUCGACUUUCGCAGCAAUUAAACGAAUGCUUCUCGUGGAUCGCCGUCGUGGUUUUCUUGGAAGAUGUAUUUUACUUCGUCAUUGCGGCGCAAGACCUUGCGAAUACGGCUGUUACCGGCGCCAUGUGUGACCUUUUGACAGUUUCCAUCAUGAUUUUGCAUGCAUCCAUCAUGAGCGCACAAUUGUGGACGUUUGUAUUUUUGUUUGAGAAGGUACGUUUGUCGAUACAAGAACACGACUGUGCUUGUUAUAAAAUCAACCACUUUGGUACGAGAGAGUUAUUAUUUUGUAUAUAUACAAGUGCGAUAGAUUACACACAGUUUACACAGUUUGGUCAAGUUCAAAACAACUAUGGUUUGUCACAGGUCGCGCGGCUUAACAUCCAUUCGAAGCUGAUUAUCUGAAGCCCAAAUAUGUAUUACGCUCCCAUGUAGGUUCACAAGCCGCUUUCUGUUUUACGUUUUAUUGCAGAACAAUGCAUUUUUCAAGUUUUUACGGAACAUUAUCACUGAGCAAGAUAAAGAAAACAACGUCUCCAUUCUAAUUACCAGACAUGUUAACCGAUGUAAAGGCAUGCAGACGGGCGUCGCUUUGGGAGGAAUCACCUUGACCCGAGAAAGGGUUGCCGGAGUAAGAAGCUUCCCUGCUUUAGUUACGGUUUUAGCAAAAUCGUCAAUGUAACGGUACUAGUUUGAUUGUACUCCAUAAAGAGAAGUUACCAAAAACGCUAAAGAAUUUAUGUACAAUUUGUAUGAAUUUAUGUAUGUCCAGGCACAUAGCUCCGAACAAAACGCAUACGCAUCGAAAACUGUCUUCGUUUUAGGAUAUCUUGUAAUGACGAAAUAUACUUGUAUCGAGGAUAUAAAUAUUACUAAUUAUGAACAUUGUCCGCAUACAAAAGAAAUUCUAAUCCAGUGUGCGGAUGUCAACAGAUAUUCUGCAGCAUAUUUGGAUAUAUCCUACUGGCGGCGCAGAUUAGCGAUACGGAUGGCGACGACAUACCCAGAAAUACUCCUUCCGAACUUACUAGUAACCGCAUGGUGAUGUUAUUCAUAUGCAACCGUAGCAGUUCCAGAACGCAAUAGACGGUUGGUGCACUGCGUUGCACUGCGUUGCACUGCGUUGCACUGCGUUGCACUUUUAUUAGUUUUUAUGAUAUACCCACGAAGUGAAGGUGGCGUCUAGAGCACACGUUCGCUAUUACGAAUUCGGCAACCACUAUUUUCAGUGUUCGACGUUUUCCAACAACGCAUCACCUGCGCUAGACAUUUUUAAUAGUUGAUUAAUAGUUUUAA